CCCGUAUUUCGUUUCUCUGCCCCCCGUAUUUGGGUCUUUGCUCGCGAUUCUCUCUCUAUAGCAUCGUGAAGGUUGCGCUUGAAGGCACGAACAGUGUCCAAAUUCAAAACUGUUUCUUCUCCGGCCAUCUUCAGACAGUAUGAUUCCCACUUGUAAAAGAGCUCCUGCGGGUCAAUUGCGUGGAGUUGCAGAAUGGACAACAGCUCGCCCAACACGUCCUGGGGAAGUCCAUCGGGAAAAGAACCGCCAAAGAGCUCAUUUAGUUGCACCGUUAGUUCAGCCAUUAUCAAUUGAACUAUCCUUAUUUAUGGGUAUACAGUGCUUAAUAUGAGAAAACGGCCAACAUCAUACAAAAGAAUCGAAGAUGUCAAAAGUUGCCUAUUUUGGCUUUCUCAGACGCGUUUAAAAGUCGCGCCUCAAUUAACGAAGGCGGUGAGAUUCUGCCAACUCGUAGCUCCCCUGGAAACGAGGUCUUGGCGCUCUUUUCUCCUAAAGCAAGUAACUAAUAAUAUCGUAAUAAUAACACAACAGACGACGAGCAACCGACAACCAAGACGACGGCUAAAGAGAAGAGCAGCCUGUGUCUGUUAUUUCUGCUUCGCUUGGUCAAGACGCUCUGCUUCGCUCUGGGAAAGGCAAUAUGGUCUCUGAGGGCACGGCUGCACCGCCACAAGACCUUGCGAAGGAGAACAUUAAGCCAGAAGGAACCAUGCAAGCAGAAGCGAAUAAGAACGAAAAGCCGGAACCCGCAGAAAAGACCGUUGAUAUCUCCGACCUUCCGUUAUCCGCCGCUGACGGGCUGAUUAAAACUCUCUUUCGCGGACCACUUGACUCUUGCAAGCCUACCCCGCCAGCAGAGCUGACCGCCGAACAGAAAUCUAAGUACGACAGCCUCCUGGCAUUGGUGAGAGGGUGGACCACGAUACCGACUACGUCAGCAAAGAAUGCACCUCGUGAGCCACUUAGCGAUGAUGAAUGCAUGUUCCUCACGCGAGAAUGCUUACUCCGAUACCUUCGUGCUACAAAGUGGAACGUUGCUAGUGCAGAGACCCGACUGCAGGCGACCUUGACAUGGCGUCGCGAGUACGGCGUGAAGGAGCAUACUCCGGAAUACAUUUCAAUUGAGAAUGAAACCGGCAAACAGGUGAUUCUGGGUUAUGACAUUCAUGCUAGACCCUGCCUGUACCUUAACCCUAGCAAGCAGAAUACCGAACACAGCCCUCGUCAGAUCGAACAUCUCGUCUUCAUGAUUGAACGCGUCAUCGAUCUCAUGGGCCCUGGCCAAGAGUCUCUUGCAUUGCUCGUGAAUUUUAAGGAAACCAGCUCUGGACAGAAUGCAACUUUGUCUCAAGGAAGGCAAACUCUAAGCAUCUUACAAAACCAUUACCCAGAGCGUCUCGGCAGGGCUCUAGUUAUUAAUAUGUCCUUCUUUAUUCUUGGCUUCUUCAAGUUGAUCACUCCUUUCAUUGACCCGCUGACGAGGGAGAAGCUGAAGUUUAACGAGGACAUGCGCCAGCAUGUUCCGCCUUCUCAACUCCUCAAAGCAACUGGUGGAGACGUUGAGUUUGAGUAUGACCAUUCUGUCUACUGGCCAGCUUUGAAUGCCCUGGCUGCUCAGAAACGGCAGGCCUACCGUGAGAGGUGGAUCCAGGCAGGCAAAUUUAUAGGUGAACAUGAAGACUACCUCAAGGGGGGAUCCGGAAAGUGUCUUCGAGAAACGCCUCCCACAGCGACCGAGGCCGAGCUUGAGGAGAAAAUGGUGAACUUGGCUGUUGGCGAUUCGGAUAAGCCCCGGGCCGCGAUCACUGCGACGAUGUCCUAA